AUGCACGACGAGCGCGCACACAUGCUCCGCACCGAGGCGUUGUCGGAGGACGCGAGGGAGCAGCGUCAGCCAGUCUUGGUAUUUGUAUUUGUUGCGGUUUGCUUGGCUGCCUUACUCCCGGAGGCGCACACUGCUGCAGCUCCACCUACGUCGGUAGUGGACACCUCCGACCUCACCCGCGGCCACGUGUAG